GUUUCAGCCCCGAUACAUGGAUUCAUUUUUUCCUUUUUUUUGAUAACCCUUUGUCCUUUUCUUUCCAUUUCUUUUUCCUCUUCUUCUUCUUUCUAUCUCUUUAUAUUUUUUUUUCUUCCAUCUCUUUUCUCAUACGUUUAUAUUCCCCUCUCUCUCUCUCUAUCUGUCUCACACACAUCAUCUUUUACAAACCGUGAUGGAUAAAUCUAUUCACGACUAUGAACAAAGUUUGGUUGACCUAAAACGACAACAGGAACAACUUGAAUUGGUAAUGCAGAAAAUGGGUGAAGAAUGGAAUGAAAGUGGACCUGGGAUAAACUGGCUCAAAACAUUACAAUCACCUCCAUUACAAACCGAUGAACUGACGACUAAAACUUCCACCAUCAGAGACGAUACCGAUCUUGUAUGCUUAGCCAGUCCAUCAACUCCAGAUGAUAAUAUGACGAAUACUGAAGAGAAUGACAGAUUAUUUCAUAUUUUUCAGCAACCACAACCAUCUCCUGAAUACCUUCAAUCCUUAUUACACGUCAAUGAGACUUUGCUGGCUCAAAGUCUUGCUUCUACUGCUAUGAAUGACCAUACUUUGGAAACAUCAAAUGAAACAUCAACUUACUCAACAUGUCAAUUUACUCCCAUUCUUACUUCAACAGUGGCUAAUUUGAAUACACCUCCAAUGACACCAAGUGAUGAAGAAAGUGGAAAUCCUAGUAUAUUUGCAGCCAUUACUUCUCCUGGAUCUACAACAACCACCAAUGAUAUAUCAUAGUAUCUUCUUUUAGUAUAACACUACAGUUAUCCUUUUUUUUUUUUUUGUGCAUGAUUAGUUUAUAUACGUAUAUUUCAUUGUUUACCCUUCCUUCAUCUUUUUUUUUUUUUUUUACUCCAUCCUCAUCUUAUAGUAUGUAAAUAGCCUAUUUGUAAUGUGUUAUACCUCUAUAUCAUUUUGUCAAACACCAUUUCUGUAAUUAUUUUAUCAUCAUUCAAUAAAAUAUAUAUUUUUUUUUUU